AUGGCUGCUCGUCGUUCUAACAUGCCGACCGAACCUCAUGGGGCAGUUACUAUGAAACCAGCAUUUUCUGUAAAAGAGGAAACUCAUGCAUCAGUCAUUGGUACUGGUCCAUCAGCAUCUCAAGUAGGAGCACCAACCACUGGAAAUCCUGAUCGUCGUCAAUCAGUUUUUCGACGAUUAUCGAUGUCAAUGAAUGUUAAUAGUAGAAAAUCUUCGAUGCUUCCUCAACCUAACAAUCGCCCGAAUACAUUUCGUAUGGAACCAGAUAAUGAAUAUCGUUUUCGUCCUUAUCGGGUUCAACCUAAAGUCCUUGAAGUAUUAAUCGAUAGACUAAAAGAUGAAACCUAUGAUGCAGCAACUGUAAAUGAACUUGUUAAAGAUAUAACCCGAAAUGUUCAUCAAUUGAUGAGAAAUUUUCAACUACCACGCUAUAAAAUUGUUGUUCAAACAGUCAUUGGACAAAAAUAUGGUGAACUGAUACGUAUUGCAUCGCGAUGUUUAUGGGAUCCAAAAAACGAUAAUAUGAUAUCCGUCAACUACGAAACUAAUGAUAUGGUUGCUGUCGUGACCGUUUAUGCUGUAUAUUUCGAAUAA